GCAAAGCACACCUGUGGUGGCAACCUAUCCCAUGAGAGAGGGUGUGGUGAUCAGAACGACUGUGGCACAGAAGCAAGAGGCACGACGGGAAUGAAAGGGAAAAUAAUUCCUGAUUAAAGAGUGAUUAGUGAACAUAUAGUCAGACCGAGGCGAGCGAGGAGUGAAUCAUGAACAUCAGCUGCGCUGGAAUUAUACAGGGGCACAGAGUUCUGUAGAAACUGGAUAUCCCAGAUUCCACUGCCUCUGUGUUGUUGCAUCUGAAAGAAAGUGGAUGCACAAUUAGUAGAGACUGGUGCAUGACACAAGUAAAUUAAUUAAGAAGAUGGAGAGGCCACCACCUGAGGUUCCUGAUGACCCUUCCACCCAGAGAAAUGCAUCUGAUGGAGGAAAGUGGGUGCGUCUGAAUGUGGGAGGUACAGUGUUCCUUACAACAAAACAAACCCUGUGCCAGGAGCCCAACUCUUUCCUUUGCCGGCUCUGCCAGGAGUCCCAGUUGUUGUCUGAGACGGAUGAGACUGGGGCAUUUCUUAUUGACCGGGACCCAUCGUACUUCGGUGCAAUCUUACGGUACUUGCGGUAUGGUAAACUGGUAAUAGACAAGAAUGUAUCCAUCGAAGGAGUGUUAGAAGAGGCUGAGUUCUACAACAUUGCUUCAUUGGUCAAAAUCAUUCAUGAGCAAAUGGAGGAGCUCGAAGUCAAUAAGUCCCAACAGAAGCACGUCUACCGAGUGUUACAAUGUCAAGAGGCAGAGUUGGCUCAGAUGGUUUCCACCAUGUCCGACAGCUGGAAAUUUGAGCAGCUGGUGAGUGUGGGCUCCCCGUACAGUUACAGUAGUGAAGGACAGCCAGAAUUCCUUUGUGUGGUAUCCAGAGAGCUCCAGAGCAAGCUGAAAAUAUGUGGAAGCGAGGCUUGCAGCACAGCACAGAGUUUUAAUAUUGAACAGGAUGAAGAGGAUGUGUUAAACCCAGACUAUAUUGUCUUGCAGGAGAGGGAGAGAGAAAGCAGACCUUAACGCCAACAUUAUCCUCAAUGGUCAUUGCUCCACAGUCCUCUAUUGUCAAUGAAUACCUCAAAUAAAGCAGAUUUUUUCCACACCAGUCUAUCUUCAUGUUUAUUUAAAGGCUGCCAUGCAAGCACGUGAUAUGCACAAUAUGUACUACAUUACACCUACAUUGCGCUCUCUACAAGCAAACGAUCAGGAGUUUUUUUUUUUUUUUAGUUUUUUUUUUUAUAUCUUAUGCUUCCAAAGGUGUCCUUGAAGGUUCUCAUUUACCUAGGUUGGGGUCAGCAACCUUCACCACUCUAGCUGCUGCAAAACUACAACUCCCGGCAUGCACACUUGCUUGGCUGUUCUUAUAACUCCCAUAGCAGUGAAUGGAGCAUUCUGGGAGGUGUAAUUUCAGUGUACAGCUGGAGUGCAGGAGGUUGCUGAUUCUUGAUCGAGGUCACGAUACAUUGGUAGUAAUAAGUCAGAGCAUCUGGACUAUUUUUUCUUGAAGAUGUUCGUCUAGUCAUCCAACUGGCUUUCUCAAUUCUGUUCUAAUCAAGACGGAUGACUAGCGAAACAUCUCCAAGCAUCUUUGUAUGCUUAGGAAGUUAGGAGUCAUACAGGCGGUCUUACUCAUUGACUGCUAUCUUUGUAUGCUUAGUCACUGAGUAGAAUCGCCCACAUGACUCCUUAGGUCAGAAUUAGAAGCGGUUUAAAGGACCUUAUAUGGGAUUAUGGGUUACAAACUGCUAUGCUUACCAGAUAGGUCAGCCAGAUGGCAGAACUUUUUUUUUUUUCUAAAAUACCCCUCUGUUCCGGCGAUGUGUCCCCUGCUGUUUUUGGCGCCUCAUAUGUUAAUUCAGAGCAUCGG